AUGAACACCGUGCUGGUGAAGCAGGACUCAACCUCCUCUUUCAGCACCGUGCUGGUGAAGCAGGACUCAACCUCCUCUUUCAGCACCGUGCUGGUGAAGCAGGACUCUGUUUCCUCUUUCAGCACCGUGCUGGUGAAGCAGGACUCUGUUUCCUCGUUCAGCACCGUGCUGGGGAAGCAGGACUCAACCUCCUCGUUCAGCACCGUGCUGGUGAAGCAGGACUCAACCUCGUCUUUCAGCACCGUGCUGGUGAAGCAGGACUCAACCUCCUCUUUCAGCACCGUGCUGGUGAAGCAGGACUCAACCUCCUCUUUCAGCACCGUGCUGGUGAAGCAGGACUCAACCUCCUCUUUCAGCACCGUGCUGGUGAAGCAGGACUCAACCUCCUCUUUCAGCACCGUGCUGGUGAAGCAGGACUCAACCUCCUCUUUCAGCACCGUGCUGGUGAAGCAGGACUCAACCUCCUCUUUCAGCACCGUGCUGGUGAAGCAGGACUCAACCUCCUCGUUCAGCACCGUGCUGGUGAAGCAGGACUCAACCUCCUCUUUCAGCACCGUGCUGGUGAAGCAGGACUCAACCUCCUCUUUCAGCACUGUGCUGGUGAAGCAGGACUCAACCUCCUCUUUCAGCACCGUGCUGGUGAAGCAGGACUCUGUUUCCUCUUUCAGCACCGUGCUGGUGAAGCAGGACUCAACCUCCUCGUUCAGCACCGUGCUGGUGAAGCAGGACUCAACCUCCUCUUUCAGCACCGUGCUGGUGAAGCAGGACUCAACCUCCUCUUUCAGCACUGUGCUGGUGAAGCAGGACUCAACCUCCUUGUUCAGCACCGUGCUGGUGAAGCAGGACUCAACCUCCUCGUUUAGCACCGUGCUGGUGAAGCAUGACUCAACCUCGUCUUUCAGCACUGUGCUGGUGAAGCAGGACUCAACCUCCUCUUUCAGCACCGUGCUGGUGAAGCAGGACUCUGUUUCCUCGUUCAGCACCGUGCUGGUGAAGCAGGACUCAACCUACUCUUUCAGCACCGUGCUGGUGAAGCAGGACUCUGUUUCCUCUUUCAGCAUCGUGCUGGUGAAGCAGGACUCAACCUCCUUGUUCAACACCGUGCUGGUGAAGCAGGACUCAACCUCCUCUUUCAGCACCGUGCUGGUGAAGCAGGACUCAACCUCCUCUUUCAGCACCGUGCUGGAGAAGCAGGAUUCUGUUUCCUCGUUCAGCACCGUGCUGGGGAAGCAGGACUCAACCUCCUCGUUCAGCACUGUGCUGGUGAAGCAUGACUCAACCUCCUCGUUCAGCACCGUGCUGGUGAAGCAGGACUCAACCUCUUUCAGCACUGUGCUGGUGAAGCAGGACUCAACCUCCUCUUUCAGCACCGUACUGGUGAAGCAGGACUCAACCUCCUCUUUCAGCACUGUGCUGGUGAAGCAGGACUCAACCUCCUUCUUCAGCACCGUGCUGGUGAAGCAGGACUCAACCUCCUCUUUCAGCACCGUGCUGGUGAAGCAGGACUCUGUUUCCUCGUUCAGCACCGUGCUGGUGAAGCAGGGCUCAACCUACUCUUUCAGCACCGUGCUGGUGAAGCAGGACUCAACCUCGUCUUUCAGCACUGUGCUGGUGAAGCAGGACUCAACCUCCUUGUUCAACACCGUGCUGGUGAAGCAGGACUCAACCUCCUCUUUCAGCACCGUGCUGGUGAAGCAGGACUCAACCUCCUCUUUCAGCACCGUGCUGGAGAAGCAGGAUUCUGUUUCCUCGUUCAGCACCAUGCUGGUGAAGCAGGACUCUGUUUCCUCUUUCAGCACCGUGCUGGUGAAGCAGGACUCUGUUUCCUCUUUCAGCACCGUGCUGGUGAAGCAGGACUCAACCUCCUCUUUCAGCACCGUGCUGGUGAUGCAGGACUCAACCUCCUCGUUCAGCACUGUGCUGGUGAAGCAUGACUCAACCUCCUCGUUCAGCACCGUGCUGGUGAAGCAGGACUCAACCUCUUUCAGCACUGUGCUGGUGAAGCAGGACUCAACCUCCUCGUUCAGCACCGUGCUGGUGAAGCAGGACUCUGUUUCCUCUUUCAACACUGUGCUGGUGAAGCAGGACUCUGUGUCAUGUAGCGCUCAAGAGCAGGUUUCUCCCAAUGUUGGGAACAUAAUCAGGAUGUACAGGGGAGGCUUGAGAACCAAUCAGGAUGAACACAUGGAGAGGAGGAGAUCAUGUGACCAACAGGAACACAUGGAGCGGAGGACAGGAACGCAUGGAGCGGAGGACAGGAACGCAUGGAGCGGAGGACAGGAACACAUGGUGCGGAGGACAGGAACACAUGGAGCGGAGGACAGGAACACAUGGAGUGGAGGACAGGAACACAUGGAGUGGAGGACAGGAACACAUGGAGUGGAGGACAUCAUGUGA